AUGUCCCAGCCCACUGACACCCCCAACGUGGCCAAGCUCUCGCUAGAAGACGAAGAUGGAGAGGACCUCUUCGCAAGUCCCGAAAGCGGAGCAACGACCCAAAAGCAAACACCGACUUCCAACGCCUCUUCCACACAGAAAGCACGCCCGCGCAGCCAAUCCGAAGCACGAGAAGCCCGCUUACAGGCGGAACUCGAGCGUGUCCACGAGAUCAACCGCGUCAUUGAGGGCGUGACUGCGAGCCUAGAGAAGGCGAAGGCCAAUAUGAGCACUGUUCAACGCACGGUAGAGAAUGCGAGUACGCUGCUGGCCACUUGGACGCGGAUAUUGAGCCAGAGCGAGCAUAAUCAGCGGCUGAUACUGGAUCCGAAUUGGCAGGGCGCGACUCAGGACUUAGAGGAUGCGGAGAAUGAGGACUUGAGACGGCAGCAGGAGGCCGAAAAGAGGACGGCGGAUGAGCAGAGGCGGAGGGAGGAGACGGCGAGGAGGGCAGAGGAGGAAGAGACGAGGCGGAGUCUUGCUGCUGGAUCUUCCAGUCGAGGCGGGCUGAACAAAGUGCGGAGUGUAAGAGGGUCAAGCGGUGUUGGCCGAGCGUAUACGACAGUCGGCGGGCAGACGGGACGAGGGAGAGGGACUACGGGCGCGAGAGGGAGCGGUAUUGGAAGGGGUGCGAGUAUGGGGAGAGGCAGGGGUAGAGGGGUCGGAUGA